CUGAGCCGCGUUGGUCUCGUCCGUCUCCCAGCAGCGAAACGCACAUGUUGGGUGUGUUGUGUUGUUGCAGCGGUAUAACGGCGUGUGUUAACGGGGGGAAAAAAACCACAGCGGGCCGGCCUCUACGCAGUUUGGCCUGUGGAGAUAAAAAACACAGAGGUAAAAUAAGUGAAACUAUCAAUGAGAAUCGGUUUGGAGGGCGGUGUUGUGGCGGAAAGCGGGUGAGGAGACUCUUGACACGCGUCCCGGCUGCCGGCAGCGUGGCUCCAGGCGGCGGGCGGUGGACUUUUAACACAGCAGGCUUUGCAGCAGGAGGUGCGACAUCAUGCCGGUGUGCAGGAACUGCGGCGGCUCGGACAUCGAUGUGGACCAGUCGCGAGGCAACGCCGUCUGCAUGGGCUGCGGCUCGGUGCUGGAGGACAACAUCAUCGUCUCCGAGGUGGAGUUUGUGGAGACGGGAGGCGGCGGCUCGUCGGCCGUGGGACAGUUUGUCUCCGACGACGCUGGAGGGAAACACCCCACCUUUGGAGACGGGAACUACACCGGCAUUGGGAAGGAGUCCCGGGCUCUGACGCUGCAGAAGGGGAAACAGCAGAUCAACACGCUCGGUCACCAGCUGAAGAUGAACCAGCACUGUCUGAACACGGCCUUCAACUUCUACAAGAUGGCUCUGAACAAACACCUGACGCGCGGCCGCAAGUCGUCGCACGUCAUCGCCGCCUGCCUCUACCUCGUCUGCCGCACCGAGGGAACGCCACACAUGCUGCUGGACCUCAGUGACAUUCUGCAGGUGAACGUCUACGUCCUGGGACGAACGUUCCUCGCCCUGGCCAGAGAGCUGUGCAUCAACGCCCCGGCUAUAGACCCCUGCCUGUAUAUCCCCCGUUUCGCCCAGCUGCUGGAGUUUGGGGAGAAGAACCACGACGUUUCCAUGACGGCGCUGAGGCUGGUGCAGAGGAUGAAGAGGGACUGGAUGCACACGGGACGAAGGCCGUCGGGGCUCUGCGGGGCAGCUCUGCUUGUUGCCGCUCGAAUGCACGAAUUUCGCCGCACCGUCAAAGAAAUUGUCAACGUGGUGAAAGUGUGUGAAACCACGCUAAGGAAAAGACUGACCGAGUUUAAAGACACGCCGGCCAGUGAGCUGACCAUCGAGGAGUUCAUGAAGGUGGAUCUGGACCAAGAGUGCGACCCGCCCUCCUUUAAAGCGGGAAAACUGAAGAAGAAAAUCCAUCAGCUGCAGAUGGAGCUGGAGAAAAAAAUGGAUGACGUUCAAGAUGAAAUUGAGAGCUACCAGGAUGAAAUCGACUCAGAGCUGGAGAGCUGCAGGCCCAAACUCAGAGGAGUGUACGCUGCCUAUGCCAAGGAAGAGGGCAAGCCCAACGACGACGACGCCUCCUCCAUGUUGUCUGACGCGGCCGACAGCGAGGAGCAGGAGGACGAGGACGAGGAGCUGCAGGCCGUGGCCAAGCACUUUGGCAGGGAGCUGGGGGAGCUCACUCUGGACGCUCUGAAGAAGCUGGAGCAGAGCCUGCCAGAGGAGGAAGAGGAGGAGCAGGAGGAAGAGGAGGGGAGGCGUAAAGGCCCGUCGCUGGAGUCCAUCCUGGGCCCGAUGCCGACGGCGACCAGCCUGGGCCUCUCCGAGUCCAUCAGCGACCGCAUCGGGGAGGAGAAGGAGAACGAUGGUGCUGCUGACAGCGGAGAGCUGGACCUGAGUGGGAUAGAUGACCAUGAGAUAGAGCAGUAUCUUCUGAAUGACAAUGAAGUGAAAAUCAAGACGGCGCUCUGGAUGGCACAGAACUCCGACUACUUGAAAGAGCAGAAAGAAAAGGAAGCCAAGAUAGCGAAGGAGAAGGAGCUCGGCAUCUACAAAGAAAAGAAGCCCAAAGGGCCCCCGAAGAAACGGGCCCCGAUCCGGGCGAGCACGGCCGACGAGGCCAUCGAGAAGAUGCUGGAGCAGAAGAGGAUUUCCACCAAGAUCAACUACGACGUCCUGAAGGACCUCAACGUCAAGCCCGGCGCCAGCCCGGCCCGCCAGGCCGAGUCCCAGAAGGGAGGCCCUGCCACGAAGCCGAGCGUCCGCAACUACAAAGCCACCCGCGCUCCGCUCAGCCUGGGAACGCCGCUGAGCACCCUGGGAAAAAGGUUGCAGCCGUUCAUCACAGGACAGCCCCACAAGAAGCUGGCAGUCGAGCAGAUUGCUCGUUCCAACCCCGUGCCGGUUCCCGCGGCGGCCCCCGCCAACGCCGUGGUGGUGGAGAGCGGACCCGUCAUCUACGACGACGGAGCGGGCGACGAGGAAGAGGAGGACGAAGAGGAGGCCUGUGUCAGCGCCAUGCAGCUCAUGGGCGGCAACGAUUACGGCUGUGACGGCGAUUACGACGAUGGAUUCUAGCACCAGCUUCUCCCCGGACUCUCGUCCCCGAAUGCUCUGGGGCCGUUUUGCAUCCCUAACCGUAUCAUAGUGAACGCUUCACACAGAGUGGCUGCUGCAGGGGAGCAGAGCUGCGGCACCACCGAGGAGGAAGGGAUGUGUUCAGACACGCAAAAAAUAAGGAUAAUAAUCAAACAAACAGGGAAGUGCUGAGACAUCCCAUUAGAAAUGAAUGGGAGUUGUAUAUGCAAUAUGAAAAGCUUAAAACCCUGAAAAAUCACAGCCCUUGUUCCAGCUGCUGUGGGAUGUGGAGGGCGCGGCGCCGGGACGCCGACAGAGACGGCAAAGUGGAAACUGAAUGGAGAACAAGUGUAUUUCUGUGGUGCCGGUCGUGAGGUUUCAAAAUAAAAGGUAGGAAAUCGGCACUUAUCCACCGGUCACUUGCUGCCGACUUUCAGCUGCGUGGUGAAUUCAUGGAUUCACAGCAGCUGCGACCCCAUUCAGGUGGAAAAAAAAAAAAAAAAGCUGCGUUCCUGCCUUGGUGUUGUUGAGGUUUUUAGGAAAACAUGAUGUAGCAAAAAGAGGAGCUGAACAAAUUCAAAAGGCUCGCGUGUUGACGUUGGACUCGAGCGCCGCGUGUGACUUCCUCAAGCGCGACCUAACGAGCAUCAGCAGUCAGGGCGUGUGAGAUCAGUCUCUUUGUCGUUAGUAUUCACCGAGUCCACUAAAAAUCCAGGAAUUAGUCUGCAUCGUGUGGUGGUUGUGAUGCAGGGUUUGCUCAGACGUGUGUUUGUUUCUGCCUUAGCCGAGCGGCGGCCGUGCAGCUCCUCUCUGCUGCAGGGAGGAGACCCUGAAAGCCAAAGUGCAGCGCUGAUGUUGCCUUCAAACUAUAUAAACAUGACAAUCCCGGCUUUUGUGCCAGCGUUCGCCAGGACGCUGUGUCCGACGGAAAAAUAUCGAGAUUUUGAUCUCCAGAGUACGACGGCUUGAUUUGGCUUUGUUUUCUUGUGAGUUGCAGUUUUACCUUUCUGUAGGAUUUUAUUUGUGUUGGACUCACCGUGCUUAAUUUAUUAGACGACGUUGUUUUCGUUUUGAAUUCUUCAGGGUGUCCCGUCCGAGGUCACAGAGGAAUUUAAAGCCAGGUUGUAAGUGAACAUUUUCUUAAAUCUCUUAAUGCAAUAUUUGCCAUUCCGAAUGAAUGAAAGCAGCAGAAGAUUGACGUUUGGGUAUAUAUAUAUAUUUUUUUUUUGUAAUUAAGCUUUUAGAGUUCUGUUGUUGAACUGAUAUUUGGGAGGUGAGAGAGAUUGUGGCCUUUUCACUGUGUCGACACGACAGUAUUUAAUGAGGCGCCGCCUCAGUGCUGCUGCUACAGUACGUGAUGUUACAUCUACACAACGCUGUGUGCAUUUGCUGCUACAGUAAAAAUCAGCUAAAACCGA